AUGGCCACAGCCAAGUCCCUUCUUUGUUUGUUCUGGGCAACCUUCCUUCUCCUUUCCUCUCUCCUCACUCCAGUUCCAGCACAAACACAAAGACGGGCCACAGAUCCAACACCAGAAGCCACCACAAUCGAGCAAUUUCUCAACCCACAGAAUGAGGUCAGGAUGCGACACGGCCUCCCUCCCCUCGAAUGGAGUACCAAGCUGGAAACGUUCGCAAGGUGGUACGCUGGCCAAAGGCAGGACGACUGUGCUUUGAUUCAUUCAGUGGGAGACUUGGGAGAGAACCUCUUUCGAGGAAGUGGGAGGCAUUGGAAGCCAUCAGAUGCAGUUGCUGCUUGGGCUGCAGAGGAAUCCAUCUACGACUAUAAAUCAAAUCAAUGCUCACAGAACAAAGUUGCCUGCACUACACACAGUUGA